AUGGAGGACGAAAUAAACGAGUGCGUCCGGAAAAAAGUACAAUGGAAUCAAUUACCAGGGAAUAUUAAAAAAUUGUUAAAUGAUUCCCCCAAAGGAUACGAGAGAAUCAUAUUAGAUUUUAGUAUCAAGAACCAAUUGAGGUUUAGAGGCAGUUUGGUCAGAACUGUGCGUAAAGAUGAAAGGAAGUACUAUGAAUUGCUUGUUCAAAGUAGUAUACAAAGACUCAUGCUUUACCCUUACCAUUUAGCUGAUAUGAUAGUCAAAGGACUAAGAAUCACACCUUUUAUAUAUUACACAGAAGUAGUCGCUAUACUUAUAGAAUCAGAAAAAAGCUAUGACACAAUGCCUAACUUUACUGCUGCAGACUGUCUUCGCUUAUUAGGUAUAGGACGCAAUGAGUAUUUAGAACUUGUUGCUAAAGCUAGGUCACUCGGCCGAAGGGGAAGGUCAAAAGCGAUACGCGGGCUCUUACCUCGAGUACCACUAAACAUACCCAUGCAGUCGUGGUGGAGAGUGGAACUGGGGUAUGUUUUGGAAGAAGAUGUAAAACCUCUGUCGGACGCAGAGAAAUCCCUCAUUGAUCUCUUAAUUGACCGAGGCUCGCAAACAGCUGGCACACUUGACUACAACCUGGUCAAAAGUCUUUACAGACGAGGUCUUAUCUACUUGGAUGUACCAAUCACGGGCGCUGAUAAAGUCUCCGUUCCGCCCUUGAAAGGAUUUGUGAUGAAUCGUAUAGCGGGGGACUACUUCGAGACGCUGCUUUACAAAGUGUUUGUAUCUAUUGAUGAGCACACAAGUGUUGCAGAGUUGGCUACAGUCCUACAAGUAGACGCGUCUCUUGUGAAGCAAGCCGUAUCACUGUACUGCCGAUUGGGAUUCGCAGAACACCUUCAGCCCCCUCCUGUUACACCUCAGCAUCCCUCGUGGAGCCAGGCUCUCACCACGCACAACCAUAGACCGUAUAGACAAAUAACUCCUUUGACAAUCGACUCUAGAUUGGAAGAAGACGCGUUACAGAUGGAACCAGUGCUCAUCAAGGAUAUGCCAUCCACCUCGAAACAGCUACCUCAGACGUCUCUAGAGACUCCAAGCAAUGGCAGUGGUCAAAGAGUGGCCGUUCUCUUUGAUUCAACCUUAGCUGCGUACCUCAUGAUGGGAAACUUAUCACCUGAUCUGAAAAGUCAUGCAGUAACGCUGUUCGAAGUUGGGAAGCUGUGUGAUGAGAGUUUGGACAGUCUACUCAUGGAAUUAGAUAAGGUAGCUGCUGACCCCGAGAUUGAGGGAGAAGCCCGUCGGUACCUUGCAGCGGCUGCCUGUUUGCGGAUUGCGCUGAGAACGUUGCGACCUAAAUUACGUCCAUUAGACUUAUUGCGUUGUGAAGCGCUGCACGCGCUUGAUGCACCGGCUCGGGCUCGCUUACUCGCUACUAAAUAUAGACUGGCGAUAUCAACGGCGCCGUUAAGUAGAGAAGCGCGAGCGGGUACGGCGGCGUGCUCGCUCGCACACGUAGGCCCCGCCCCUCCGGAAGCGUCGUCCCCGUGGAUGCGCCUCUACCUGUACCACGUAGCUGGUUACGGACCGCCUACGCUAUUGCUAACUAAAGGUACGGUUCUCCGCGGAGUGCCACGUUGUCUCUUAGGGUUUUCAAGACUAGCCGUAUCCUGGUGGACGGCGGAGUCCGAAGCUAGCGCAUUGCCGGCUGCUGCUGCAUUAGCUGCUGCCAAUUCGGCACUUCGGCGGGGUCCAGUGUUAUUGCAGGCUGCUGGCGUGAGAUCACCACCUCACGUUGCGCACUUGGCCUUUCCACCAGCCUCAUUGGAUGAUAUAGAAGAUCCUCAAUGUCUUUGGCGUAAGCAUGGAGGUCUUCGGCGUCUCAUGCGAAGGUUAAGACUUACUCGCACUGCAGGAUAUGUGACUCUAGCCGAUAUCGGUGUGCCGGACCUUGGAUGCGCUCGUCCCCCCUCUACUGUGCAACUUGUUCAAACGAGAAAGAAAAAAGACAUUUGCGGUAUAGCGAAACCGGUCAGCGAAAUCUCUGUUUCCUCCAGCGAAUCCACAGACAAAACCGCAGAUUUCAAAGACAUUAGUCGAUUACAGUCUCCCAUAGAGUCGCAUUUCGCCGUCACCCCAACGACAGAUAGUAAGACCAGUUCUCCAUCAAACGGCUUUACAACUGUCGAAGGAGGGAAGUUAUUGUGUGAGGAAUUGGAUAACUUGAACUUAGACCCUCAUAGAAGCAAGGAAUCUAUAGCUUGCAGUGAUGAUUUCGUCCCUAUACAUUCCACAUCAAUUAGCAUCGAAGAUUUGAAGCAUUCCAAACUGUCCAUGAGUAAAGAGUCAAUCACGGAAGACAUAGUUCCAAUACAUUCGACGACGCCCAGCGUCGAAAAUCUAAAGUUUGAUAAAGACGAGAAGUUGAUCAACCAGAUGAACGAUCUGUUGAGCCCGGCGGAGGAGUCUGUGUCGAUGUUUACCCAGUUGAGCAACAAGUUGACGGAGAUUAGCGGCGAGGGCGACAGUGGUGUUGACACGGCACACAACUUCUCCGAUGAAGAGACGUGUAAGCCAGAGAGGUGGACAAUUUUGGACCUUCAAUUUGGUAUACCACUAUUCGAUGAAGCGCUGUGCGAAAAAGUCUGCCAAAGUAUUGUCGAUAGGAUAGCAAAGCCCGAACUACUAGAUAAGAUAAAAGAAGAUAACGAAUUCGUCAGAAGUGAUUUGCUGAAGUUUGUGUCACAGUGUCAGUACUAUCCCGGUGAGGACAUGGGAAUAGUGAAACGUGGUACUCUGGUUCCAUUACCGAGAAAAAACUUAGUCUUUGAGAACGGCAGGAUCAGCGAGUGGAUCGGAAAGUGA